GGUACUGCUAGGAGGUUUUGUGUGUGAAGUUGCAGACCGCACUGUGGAGGUGUGUGUAGCGAGAGGUACAAGUCAGACCCCCACGAGCUCCAGUGUUUCAUAAACCCUGAAAAGACCGACUUGUCUUCUCUUUUGACUCUGCCUCAAAAACCUCAGCAACAAUGGGAAGGAAAAGGUCCAGCGCUGGUGCAGCCGAUGCAGAGGUACAGGUGCCAAUGAGGAAAUCUACAAGGUUGCAAACGAAAGGGGAUGAGCCUAAACCACAGCCAGAAAAGGCAAAGGCAGCACCCAAGGCUAAAAAGGUGAAGGAGGCACCAAAGCCAAAGGGUAAGGCAAAGGCCACGAAGAAGGAAGAACCUAAGGAGGAGGAAGAGGAGGAGGAAGAAGAAGAAGAGGUCCCAGCAGAGAACGGAGAAACCAAAGCAGAAAAGGAGGAGGCAGCAGCAGAGGAGACAGAGGAAAAAGAGGACAAGACAGAAGAGGAUGAUGAGGAAGAAGACGAAGAAGAGGAGGACGACAAGAAGAAGAAGGCAGCAGAGUAGUUACAAAAAAACAAACACUCAGUUGCCAACGUUCCCAUUCCUCUUUUCUUGUACAAUGCAGAGAAUAUUUUUAUCUAUUUUCUUAAGACAGCAGUGUUUUUAGGGAUGUGAUUACAAAAGUGCUUUUUAAAGGAUACUACAAAUUACAUUCAGUUUCAUGGCUUCUGUGAAGGGAAAGUUUGUGGGGUCUCUUUCAUUGUACUUGUGUUUUCUUUGACUUCUUAUUUUGUCUUAGGUUGUAGUUUUCUGCAUGAUCUGCCGUCGUGUCUUAUCAAGUCAAUUUGAUGUUUGAAUUAGGAGAGUUUACCUGAGACAUUCCCACAUCGUCUUGAGGGAUUUUGUCACCUGUACUGCUUUGGAGUUUAAUGCAUCCUAAUGUGUUUGAUAGGAAAUGAGAUGAUUUCAAAGUCAGACAAUUGUGUUUUAAGCUAAGUAACAUCUUCACAAUGUUAACUUGAAUUAUUUUCACUAGAACUGGCAUUGGCCACAUUGAUUUUUUCUUUGAUGCAGUCUGUGAUGGUACAUUUUUGAGGACAGUUAAAUAGAUCCACAUUCUGUUUAUCAUACUUGCUGUUUUGGUCCUUUCAGGUUAACUGUAUUUUCACCUCACCCUACAAAAUGUAUCUGUCGCAAAUUUGUGCAUAUGUUCAAUGUGGUUUUUGGGAUUUCUCUACUAAUGUACAGUUUCCUCCUUUUUAAAAAAAACAAUAAAAGGGUUUUUCUUUAA